CUUUUAGAAGCAGGUCUUGAUCUGACUGCAAGAUGAAAACAGAGCAAGCCAAACUGCAGUAAGAACAUCAAACUCAUUCUGUGAGAGCAGAGUUCAAAGUGAGGUUAUGGCUCGUGGACUGCAGAUAAGAGAAGAACAAAGUGGCUACAACAAAAAUCUAUUUUGCAUUCCUAAGCAUUAUGAAGAAGAUUUGGAAAGAGUCUUCAUUCCUCAUGGACUCAUCCUGGACAGGACAGAACGCUUGGCUAGAGAUAUCAUGCAAGACAUGGGAAGUCAUCACAUUGUUGCACUCUGUGUCCUUAAAGGAGGCUAUAAAUUCUUUGCUGAUUUGCUGGACCAUAUAAAAGCACUAAAUCAAAAUGGUGACAAAUCUGUGCCUAUUACUGUGGAUUUUGUUAGAAUAAAAAGCUACUGUAAUGAUUCACCUGCAGGAAAAAUCAGUUUUGUUGGCGAGGAACUGUCUACACUACAUGGGAAGGUAUGA